UGUGAUUUUUUUGUCGUUGCUUUUUUCAGUGUUGUGUAAUCAGAUUGCUAUUGUUUUUGGUUUUUAGAAGUAAAUGGCAAUGGCAUGCGCUCGUAGCAAAUCAAAAUUGAUUUUCGAGAUAUUUCAACGCAACCAAUUAAUUGCAAAACGCAGCAUUGCCAUGUCCGCUACACGAAGGGCAGAGGAAGCCAUAGAGCAACUUAAGGAGAAGAAUCCUUACUACUCGAAAUAUGCGGACAAGAUCGCCAAGAUGCAGCAGACCUCGGCGGAGGAAUUCCUCGAUCGCGUUGAACGUGUGAUCAAUCCUAUCAAGGAUGGCAAGAGUCAGGCCAGAUCCUAUUCAGAACUGCUUAAUCCCAAAGAGAAGUUGGCCAAACCAGGUGCUGCCGAACUGCCCCACAAGAAGCUAACAGAUAUUAUGAAACUGGAGCUGCUGGCUGACAAGAAUUGCGAAGAGAUUUCCCAAAUUUGGCUGGAAUACCACAAAACCAAAGAUGUUUUGGCCGCCACACUGACCCCAGCCCAAUACAACACUCUGAUGGAAAGGGCAAAGGAACAUCCGAUAUUCCUGUUGCCAUUGCCACGCAGCGAAGGCUUUGAGUUUAUCAUGCUGCAAUUUGCAGCAAACACGGUACAUUUCACCCCACUGCUGGCAUAUCAAGUGCAUCAAGAAAAUGCGCCCGAGUGCCUAACCCUUGUCCAUUACACGGAGAUGCAGGAUAAGGGAAUCGUGCUGCUGCGCGGGGAGUACGACAACAAUGUGCUGACUGCCCAGGAGGCGCAGUGUCUGGCCAAUGAAUUGCAGAUGUUCUACUACAAGACAGAUGAAAACAAGUUGAAAUUGUUGGAUACAUUUACCAAGCGCCCGGAUGAAUUCAAGCAUAUGGAUUUGAUUAAGGAGGUGGAAAAUAUUCAGCUGGGUUAGGCUGAGAGUUUACAGUCAGUUCUAUUUACAAAACAAAAAAAAAUAAUCUUAAAUAUAGCAACAAGACGCUGCUGCU